GUGACUACAGUAACAAUAACGCAAUUAUUAAAGAGAAGGGGGAUUGGCAGUGGGGCGGAUGCAGUGAUAAUGCUCAAUUUGGAAAAACAUUUUCAAAGAAAUUUGUAGAUGCAGGCGAGAAAGGAAAGGAUUUGCGGUUUCUUAUGAAUCUUCAUAAUAACGAAGCUGGACGACGGACGAUCGUCUCUGAGAUGCACCACGAGUGUAAAUGUCACGGGAUGUCUGGUAGCUGCACGGUCAGAACCUGCUGGAUGCGUUUACCGACCUUCAGGAAAGUCGGCGGAAUAUUUAAAGACCGUUUUGAUGGUGCGUCACGCGUAGCAAUUAGCAACGCAGGAAAUCGUUACCAUGGAGAUACAAUAAAAAAUCUGCAACCUAGCAAUCCCAGUCAUAAGCCGGCUACUAAACGCGAUUUAGUUUACUUCGAAGAUUCGCCUGAUUUUUGUGCGAGUAACGGGCGGGAAGGAGAAUUUAGCACACAAGGACGAGAAUGCAAUGCAACGUCAUUAGGGCUAGAUGGCUGCGAACUGAUGUGUUGUGGGCGGGGCUAUAGGGCAGAAGUCGUCAGUCUAAAGGAGCGAUGUAGUUGUACUUUUCACUGGUGCUGUGAGGUGCAAUGCGAAGAAUGCACGACGGUGAGGGAAAUCAACAAAUGUUUGUGAUAGAGUAUUAACGUUCAUAGAGAAUGUCGCCAAAGUGUUUCGCUUUAUAUAUUAUUAUUUAAUUUUCCGUCUGCUGAUGUUUUUAUUUUCUUAAAAAAAGAAUUUUAAUUAAGUCAAAUGGUAAUAUAUGUAUAUGUAUGUAUAUAUAAUUGUAAAAUGUUGGAAUACCAUAUCGUACGAUAAAUAAAUUUUGCUAUUUGAAAUGAAUAUUUCAGGGCGAGAGAACUCUCUUUAUUUUACUGUAAUCCAUGCAAUUGGUGGUGUGUACGCGCAAUUAUUCACACCAUCGUGCGCACACACAUACACACACCCCCACCCACACAUCCACCACACACCCUAUUGUGUUCAUAAAAUAUUUAUUAGACCCUAAAAAAAAAUUGUGUUGACCAAGUCUCCGAUCCACCAAACUUUCUAUAAUAAUAUGCUUACCUAGUUGGACCCAAAAAUACUUAUAUGAUGUUCCAAAAGGCCACUUUCCAAGCUUUAAUUUACAAAAUCGAGAAAUGAAUUUACAAAGUCGAGACAUGAAUUAUAUCCCUCUCGUUACCAUUUUACCAACCGAAAUACAUGAGGUAAAUAACCAUUAGAAUUAGACCAGACCAUAUAUACAAAAAUAUUUCCAACCGACCGACCGAAUUUACUGUGGUUGGGCAAACACUGUGGUUACUAAUUAACAAAUAAGAAUCUUCUUCCAUUAAUGUCUUAUCAUUUGAUGUAAGGUCUUAGGCGCUAAUACAGUGUAACCCUAUCGCAUAUCUCUGGAUUUGAGAUUGUGUUUAUAUUUUUACGUUGGUAUAGUAUAAACUGUUAUCCUUGUUCGAUAUAAACAUAAUAAAAACAGCGUCAGCCAAUGGUGUAAAUCAAUUAUUGUUAGGUCACAGGCGCUUUAGAGAAAUAUCUAACUAUAGUUAGCUAACCUUUUAUAGCACACUGCGCAUUUUGAUUGGUAUACAAAAGUAUUAUAUUGAAGUAUUUAUCAAAAUAUCUACUUUUAGCUACACCCAGAAAAGGUUUACACACGUGACUCCCAGCGGGGAGUGGGGGCAGGGGGAUUAAGCCUUCCCAUCGGUCUGGUCAAGCCCCCCCCCCCCAUCGGCCAAAGCUCGUCGGGCAUUCGGACCAAAGAAUAAAUAUAUGCCUAGUUUUCCCAUCCCAGCCACCGGCCAUCUAGAAGUCCCAUUUUUUUAAAAUCUCGUUUUGGGAGGAGGGGACACCUCCUUCCAUACUCACCCCCGGCUCCGGCCUUCGGCCCACAGAUAACGCUCCGCGCUAUAGUUAA